CAUAAAAAUUACAAUUAAUUAUAUAUAUAAUAUUAUACAAAUUCAAGUCAAUUUUUUUUUGUGACUAGUUGUCAUAGUCAUCGGUAUAAUUGACGUAUUAUUUGACGAUACGUUUUUUUGAUAAUCGAUAAACGGAUAAUACCUACAGUGUGAUCAUUUUAGUGCUCACGAGGUCUUUCCGAACACUAUCGACAAAUCGGUAAUUGGUGACUAUAGUCACUAUACAGUACUCGUUGAAUGUAGAGUCUCUUUAUUUUUAAGAUAUAUCGUCGUUAUUUAUAAAUUAUUUUUUCGAAAAAUAUUAUUACUCUGGACUCAAUUUACCUAACACGUUAAAGUUUGCCGGACUCAAUUUACUUAGUCCUAUAAUAUCCACCCAAUUAUUGGGGAAUAUAUUGGGUCCCAAUGGCACAGCAGUAUUAUAUACCUAAUGGCUAAUACAGAUCUGAAUACAAAUUGUACUUAAAAUAUUAUAAUUUAAUAUAUACUAUACUAAAGCUGGCAUAUUACGACUUUAUGAACGCACUUACUGGUUAGUAACACACAACGCUGUACCCGUCGUCAGGUUUUUUCUGUGGCAGCUUAGGACGUUAUUAUAAAAAUUGUGUUCAUAUCAAUUUCCGAGCUCCAACAAGCACAUUCAUACGUCACCAAAACGGAAAACUAAGUCAUCAUAGAUUACGAAUGUUUCAACGUCGGCAUCACAGACGCAGAUCGAAGAGAUGUGUACGGCGACGACAAACCUGUGACCACAAUUCUAUAAAUGACCACCAAAUUUCUUUUAUUAAAUUAUUUUUAUAUAACUUCAAAUAAUUCAAAUAUAGUUCCUAAGAGGGAAGCAGGUGUGGUCUGUGAGGCUAUUGCGUACCGGCAGCAACACUAAGCGUUGAAGGUUCACGCCGUGGUUUGACGAGACGACUCGCCGCCAUGGCGCGGUGUGGAGACGAGUGAAAAAAGCCCGGCGCCUCCUACGAUGCUAUUGUUGCCGAGAGGAAUUAAUAGCGGCCAGCACAACUCCCCGCGGCCGAUGAACGCCAGCCAAGACGACGGUGACGCGGGGAGUGGUCGCCCGCGGAGAGACGAGAUCGCGGUCGAUGGUUACGCGGUUACCGACACGCGAGACCAACUGGUGGUCGGCGAGCGCCCGGCAGCGUCGGUCGUGCGAGGAGUGACAGACGAAAACGGCGGCGGCGGCGGCGGGGACUGCAAAUCACGAAUGGCGGGCGAGAGAGAGCUGAAUCUAGGAACACGGACGUCAGCAUCGUCGGACCCGCGGGAACGUAUUAUGUUUCGGGGUACGGCGGUGAGCGACUCCCCGGCAGAAGCUGCCGACGGGAUGUGUUGCAUAUUCAGCAUUUAUAUAAUAUAA